AGUGAGUAAAAAAAAGUUAAAACAAAUUAUUUUUUCAAUUCCUAAACAGAUAUCUGUAGAGAAAAAAUUAAGUGAAGGAAAUAAUUGUUGCAAAAAAAUGUUUUCACCAAAAUGUGUUCAAUUUAUCAUUGCAUUCAUUUUCACACUCAUACCAGUAAUACUGAGCCAAUGUUACCUCGAAGUAAAUCAAUGUUUAAAUCAAUUCUCAGCCGAUUUAGAGCAACACAAGAAACACCAGUUUUCGUCCAAUGAAAGCCAAUACAACGAUAUUUGCGAUCAUUCAAACGGCAUUUACUCUAAGUUUGUGGUCUGUAUUACCGGUGCUGAAGGUCUGUGCGCUUCUGACCAACACUUCAGACAAUAUGUGUGCGAAUCGCGGAAACUAAAGAUGAGAGUCAAUCGAUUCAAUUGGAAACCAACUUUCUUUUACCAGUUAUGCCGUAAUACGAGUCACGACUUGAGUCUAG